AUGGCGCAGGUAGGGGCGGCGGCCGCGGGCUGCGAGCCGGCGGGGGGCGCGGGGAUAGCGAGCCCGCCCUGCCGCCCCGGGGCGGAGUUCGAUCCCGGCUACAGGUGUGGGAGCGUAAAGAAGCAGGAGGCGACAGAGCAGCACACUCGUGCAGCUGUGACAGACCCCCAGAAGUGGAGGGAGAGACCUCCGGAGCGAAGCACCUGCUCGGGUGCAGGCGUGCUUGUAAAUUAUCAUCGGAUUGCUCAAGGAAUGAAUUUUAAGGAGAAAACUGAAUUCAGACACUAUGAUGCUGACUCGAAACCAUGUCAGAUAGCUUUGAAUGACUGUUGUCCACAUCAAGGAAAUUAUCAGUCAGAAUUGCAAGAGGAGGCAGAAGAAGAGGACAUAAAUCAAAGGAUGAAAAAAAGCAACUGAAACUGUGUAGAUUCCCUCUUCUCAGAGGACUAUUUACAACUGCUGUCACUGCAGACAGAAAAUGUGCUAGAGGUAAAUGGGAGUUUACUGGAAGAUGCAUGGGUUGCUACUUCUAGUAGAGGCUGAAAUUCAUCAUCCUCACACUACAAUGUAAAUUUGACCCAGGCAGUUAGCUGCUGUUUCAGUGCUCAUGACACCAUGCUAGAAAACUCAGACUACCCCACUCAAUCAGAUUCAGAAAUAAGAUAUUCAGAAAGACAAGAGUCUUUGCAGUCAAGCUCUAAUAUCAUAAAUCCAGAAUCACUACUUCAUGGGAAAUAUUUGACAGGGCUGCUUUCAGUAGCUGACAUUAGAAACCUAACACCCCUUAAUCUUAAACUUGAGAAUAUAUUUGAUGAAAUUCAUCUCAUAUCUUUGGCUUUGGAGGAAGGAUUCAAUCCUAUAGAAGUUUCCCAGCUCUUUGAGGAGCCUGACUCAGAUUCUGGACUGUCUUUAAAUUCAAGCCAUAGUGCCACCUCUUCUGAUUUGUUGUAUUAUUCAGUCUGCAGUCAAGGUGUUGUCAGAUACAGUAGUGAUGCUAAAUCUGUUUCCCCAUAUGGCUUAGGAAGUGUUGGUGCUUAUUGCCAAAAACAUACUAAAUAUGGCCAUGUGGCAUAUCAAGGCAAUUCAGAGUGCUCUAGAGGAGCAACACUAAAACAGUUGCUUCAUAACCACACUUACAAUCAGCUGCCAAGUCAUGUGUCCAUUUCAGAGCCUCACCAGUGGAUGCAGAUGGAGAAAUCGCAGGAUAGGUGUCGUAAUUCUACUGACCAGAACCUUAGCAGUGACAAAUGCCAGGCAAAAGCUCUGAAAAUUCCAUUUUCUGUUGAUGAAAUUGUGAGUAUGCAAGCUGACUCCUUCAACAGCAUGUUAGCAAAAAAAAAAUCUGCAAAUACUCAGAUAUCACUGUGCAAUAUAAGACAGAGGGGAAGGAACAAAAUUGCUGCCCAGAAUUGUCGCAAACAUCAGCUGGAUGUGAUCUUGGAAGAUGAUGUGUGUCAAACACAAAAGGAGAGCCUUAAGAAGGAGCACUCGCAGGGUAACAGAUCAAUUAGCCUAAUAAAGCAAAAGUUAAAUGACUCAUGUUAUGACAUUUUCAGUAGAUAAAGGGAUGACCAGAGUAGACUUGUUAACAUAAGUCAAUAUGCCGUUCAUUGCAGUAGUGAUGGCAGCGUUUUCUUAAUACCUAGACACCUGGUCAAAUCAGAACAUAAGCAAGAUAACCAGAAAGAACAGAAACAAAAAUAAGAUACGGCAAGA